AUGAACCACCACUUGCCGGCGAUGCCCCAUGGGCAGCCGCCUAUGCCUCCUCCAUCGCGGAGGCAGUCAGACUUCUACAACCCCGCCCCUCCCAACAUGCGUCCUCCGGCGUACAUGGGCUAUCCUCCACACAUGAACGGGCACAUGCCUCCUGCGUACUCGCCGCAACAGUACCCUCCUUGGUAUCCUCCAUAUGGACAUAUGCAGCAGAUGCCUCCUCGUCCUUAUCAACCCCCAUAUGGACCUAUGAUUGUCUCUUCAUAUCCUCAAGCACAGCCGAUCAUGGCCCCUACUCAUAUGCCAACUCACUCAUUCUCCUCGCAACCGAGAACAUCGACUCCCAUGCAGUCAACCAUGUCUCCCUCGAUCCCACCGCCACUCCAACCUGAGAUGCAUGAUCCUCACGCCGUCCUUCCCGUGCAGCAGCCACACCCGCCUUACGGAGUUCCGCCUUCGCCUCCUCGAUGGGAACCUAAACCUGUCUUGCCAGAUCGCAAGCCUGUCUUCACGGCUCCAGUUCCCUGGCUCUCUGUCCCCGAAUCGCCCUUCCCCGCGGGGCCACCCUUCCGACGCAAGAACAUUCGUCCCAUGCCGGACCGACCCCAGUUUCCCCCGAAAGACGGACGCUGGAUUAUUGGAGAUCGGAAGGGUAAACUUGUGAAGCCCAAGGCUGUCAAGUCGGCCGCUCCUGUCACGUCGGAACCUCAGACGCCAACUACCUCCGUCCCUCCUUCGGAUGGUCACUCUACACAAGCUACCACGCCCUCCCCCACCGCCAAGUCUCAGACCCAGAAGAAGGACGCCAAGCCCGCCAUCCCCAUCGUCCCAGUUGUACCAAACACCCCAGUCGCCUCGCGCCGUGAAGCUAAGGACAGCUCCAGUGUCGGCUCGGAGACACCAAAGUCGACGACCGCCACCACAGAGUCGGAGACUGGGUCCACACCCGCUGUGGACGAUACCGCUAAGCCAACCUCACCUGCUCGGUCAGUACCAAAGUCCUGGGCUGAUCUUGUUCGAUCCAAGAAUGCCGCUCGUGCCUCCAGCGCUUCUGCUCCCCCGGAUUCGAACACCUUGGCUGUGCAGAAGAGCGAGUCUCUCGCAGACGUCCUGAAUAGCUUGGGUGAGGAUGUCACUCAAUACAGCGACAAGAUCGCAUUCCUGGAGCCUCGGGGAUUGGUCAACACGGGUAACAUGUGCUACAUGAACUCUGUCCUGCAGAUCCUGGUUUCCUGCGUCCCAUUCCACCAGUUCCUCGACCACGUUGGUCGACGGGCGGCUCACAGCUUCCACAGCGAUAUGCCUUUGAUCGAUGCCAUGAUCAUGUUCAUGCGUGAGUUCAACGUCAUCGAUGCAGCUGCUUCGGAGGAUCAGCUUAGACUCCGAUUGAAGCCAAAUGAGCUAGAGCAGUAUGGCGAAGCCUUUGUUCCCGAGUUCGUGUACGAGAUGAUCCGACAAUUGCCUCGUUUCCGCGACAUGCGUCGUGGUCACCAACAAGAUGCUCAGGAAUUCCUUGGCUUCCUUCUCGAGGAGCUUCACGAGGAAUGUGAUCGCGCUGCGAAGCACCUUUCCAAGUCUCAGGAUGCACACGGUAUCGGUGGACAUGCCACCAAUGGAGCGUCCGCCGAUGGUGAAUGGCUGGAGGUUGGCCACAAGCAAAAGGCAGCGGUUACGCAGUCAUCUGGUGCCAUCGCUACGGAGUCUCCCAUCACCCGGAUCUUCGGAGGCAAGCUUCGAUCGGAGUUCAAGGUGCCGGGUAACAAGACCUCGGUCACCAUGGAACCCUACCAGCCUUUGCAGCUCGAUAUUGGCGCGCACGAUGUCCACAACAUCAUCGAUGCGUUGAAGGGAUUGACCAAGCCUGAGAGUAUCCAAGGUGAUUUCAAUUCCGCCCGUGGCCCCAACGUGACUGCUACCAAGCAGAUCUUUAUUGAAACACUGCCCCCUGUUCUGAUCCUGCACCUCAAGCGCUUCCAGUACGACAGCCAGACUGGUGCGACUCAGAAGAUCUGGAAAAAAGUUGGCUAUCCUCUGGAUUUGGAAAUUCCCCGUGAGGUCUUCCCGGCCCACCGGCGCAAUAUUCUGACAGCCCAAGGUGGUCUUCCCAAGUACCGCCUGAUGGGUGUCAUCUAUCACCACGGAAAGAAUGCCAGCGGCGGCCACUAUACCGUUGACGUGCGACGCCAGGAUGGCCGCGAAUGGAUUCGCAUGGAUGAUACCGUCAUUCGUCGUGUACGCAGUGAGGAUGUUGCUGAGGCUGGCGGCGAGGAGGAUCCUAAGGUGCUUGCAGCUGCCCUUGAGCAACACAGACAGGACAAGAUUCCCCGCUCCAAUAUGUUCGAAAACAUCGAUCACGACGACAUGGAGUCUGCCGAUAGCGAGAAGGGCUGGAGCCAAGUGAGCGGUUCCGGUUCGUCAGGGCACUCGAGCAAGAAGUCGAUCACUGUUGUCACUCCCUCCUCAGGACCCUCGUCUGGGGUGCGCACCCCGCUCGGCAGAUAUGGCUCUCGGGACAACCGCGUUGCCUACCUCUUGUUCUACCAGCGUAUUGCCUAA